AUGAACAAAAUCCGAGGUGGUGACAACAAUGAACACUAUGAGGGAAACUUGAAAGCUUGGCUAAGUGCUGCCCUUAGUAACCAAGAUACCUGCCUUGAAGGUUUUGAGGGAACUGAUAGACGUCUUGAAGAUUUCGUCAGGGGAAGUUUGAAGCAAGUCACACAGCUCAUUGGUAAUGUCUUGGCCUUGUACACUCAAUUACAUAGCUUACCCUUUAAGCCUCCUAGAGAUCACGGCACCCCGGUGAAUAAAAGUUCAUCAUCAGACGAUCAUUUGCCGGCAUGGAUCAGUGAGGGUGAUCAAGAGCUGCUUAGAUCCAAUCCACAAUCGGGUAUGCAUGCAGAUGCUAUUGUGGCAGCAGAUGGGAGUGGCAAAUACCGUACAAUCACAGAAGCUGUUAAUGCAGCUCCAAACUACAGCAGCAAGAGGUACGUAAUAUAUGUGAAGAAGGGAGUUUAUAAAGAAAACAUUGACAUGAAGAAGAAGAAAACCAAUAUUAUGUUUGUAGGGGAUGGGAUUGGACAAACUGUGGUAACGGGUAGACGGAAUUUCAUGCAAGGAUGGACUACAUUUAGAACUGCAACUGUUGCCGUGUCUGGCAAGGGAUUUAUAGCAAGAGACAUGACAUUUAGAAACACGGCGGGGCCGGAAAACCAUCAAGGCGUGGCGCUUAGAGUUGACUCCGACCAAUCGGCCUUCUUCCGGUGCAGCAUGGAGGGUUACCAAGACACCCUCUAUGCUCACUCCCUCCGUCAAUUUUACCGUGAAUGUAGCAUCUAUGGCACCAUAGACUUCAUAUUUGGCAACGGUGCAGCUGUGCUACAAAAUUGCAAAAUCUACACGAGAGUCCCCCUAUCAUUACAAAAGGUCACAAUCACAGCCCAAGGCAGAAAAAACCCACAUCAAAGCACUGGAUUUGCAAUCCAAGACAGCUAUGUUCUUGCCACUCAGCCAACAUAUUUGGGCAGGCCAUGGAAGCAAUAUUCCAGGACUGUUUUCAUGAACACUUAUAUGAGUGGGCUUGUGCAGCCCAGAGGGUGGCUUGAGUGGUAUGGCAACUUUGCUUUGGGCACCUUGUGGUAUGGUGAGUAUAAGAAUUAUGGGCCGGGUGCUUUGCUAACCGGGAGGGUCAAAUGGCCCGGUUACCACAUUAUCAAGGAUGCUGCAGCGGCUAGCUUCUUCACUGUUGGGAGGUUCAUUGAUGGAAGGGCUUGGUUGCCAUCAACAGGUGUCAAGUUUACAGCGGGUUUGAGAAAUUAA